AUGGAGGGACAGGGUGGUGAUUCCAGCCACCAGCAGCAGAGGCCCAGGGCCGUGAGGCUGGUGGAAGCCAGGGCCAAUGACCUGUGCCAGGUCCUGUGCAGCCUGCCCUACGAGUACAAGAUAGUGAUCGCGGGCAACCACGAGCUGACCUUCGACCAGGAGUUCAUGGCUGACCUCAUCAAGCAGGACUUCUACUACUUCCCAUCGGUGUCCAAGCUGAAGCCCGAGAACUAUGAGAAUGUGCAGUCCCUGCUGACCAACUGCAUCUACCUGCAGGACUCCGAGGUCAACGUGCGCGGCUUCCGCAUCUACGGCUCCCCCUGGCAGCCCUGGUUUUAUGGCUGGGGCUUUAACCUCCCGAGAGGCCAAGCGCUGCUGGAGAAGUGGAACCUCAUUCCUGAAGGCGUGGACAUCUUAAUCACCCAUGGACCACCGCUGGGCUUCCUGGACUGGGUCCCCAAGAAGAUGCAGCGCGUGGGCUGCGUGGAGCUACUCAACACGGUGCAACGGCGCGUCCAGCCGCGGUUGCACGUCUUCGGCCACAUCCACGAAGGAUACGGUGUCAUGGCGGACGGGACUACCACCUACGUGAAUGCGUCCGUGUGCACUGUGAACUACCAGCCCGUGAACCCACCCAUAGUCAUCGACCUCCCUACACCCCGGAACUCCUGACUGCUCCCUGCAGCCCAGCCCUGCCUGCCCAAGCCAACUACACACAUCUGGUCCACAGCACAGACCUCCCCCACCCUUCCUGCUGCUCAGAACAGCUCAGCAGACCCGGCUGGCUGUGGGGAUGGGCUGAGGCCGAGCCCCCUGACUCUUCAGCCUCCUGUGCCCUGAAGCUGGACCCCUGUGGGGUCCUGCCCGGGUUUGCACACAUCACCAUUUUCUGCGUGGACCAUAGAGGACGCCUAGCUCAUGGCUCGCCCCGACUGGAGGGUGGCUGAACCCUCAUCCUUCCCUGUGGGACAGCCUUGUGGGUUCAAGAAGCCGCUGCCCUUGGACCCCCUUGGCUGCGUCUGGGAAAUUCUAACAUGAAACCACCCUCUCACCAACGUCUCAGUGGCUGAAGCCCCGGGAGGGGUUUAGGAUUAAGGACCGGAGGGUAAUUUGUAGCCUGUGCUCCUACUUCCCUCCCUCUCCUGGGCGGGAGGGGCUGUUCGGGACAUCUCAGGGAGCCGGGCCACAUCUGGCCGGGUCACCAGUGAUUGGCCUCCUCUUGUCUCCCCUUUCCCUCCUGGGUCCUUUUGGGUGACUUUAACAGUGGCCUGAGCACCCCGGGCACCCCCUGGGGCCCAAAUUUGCAGGCAGCUGAAAAGAAUGAGUGAUCAGAGGGUCCAUUUAGGACUGGCCAAAGGCGCCAGGGUCUUGGGGAGCAGAGCCCCUGGCUCUGAGAGAGGCUGCACAGCUUUGGGGGACCCCAUGUCAGGGCUGAGGGUGGGCAUGGGGGAGGUCUGCAGGCUCAGGCAGCCAGGCCGGACAUACACACCUGCAUGUAUGGGACACACGCGCACCUUAAUUAAAUGACAGACACCCAUAUCGGCAGAGGCUUAACUGGCUCCAAAUGCUUGUGGUCCCAGCAUCAGGGGACACUGGUGGGGCAGAGCCCCGCCUCCAGCAACCUCACCUGCACGGGCAGCUCUGGCUUCCUGGCCUGUAAAUUAGGACGGGGGCAAGGCAGGUGUUGUGUCUGGGGGAGAGGGAACGAGAGGCGGAGUUAGGGAGGCAGGGUCCGGCGGGCGCAGGGCCAUGUUCUGGGUUUAAAAUGGUGACAUUUCGUUCAUACCUGGGUCUUCUUUUUCUGCCGCAGCCUUUGAUUUAAGCCCCUUGCGUUCAGAUCUGUGCCAGGGUCCUUGAUUCCUGAGUUGCAGACCCGAGAGGGACCGCUCGCCAGCUGCCCACCUGCCCCAGCCUGGGAACCAGCCAGCCCCAUUUUGCACGAGCCCUGGCAGAGUAGGACUGCUCACUGCAAGGUCAGCAGUUCAAAACCACCAGCCGCUCCAAGGGAGAAAGUUGAGGCUUUCCACUCCCUGAAAGAGUCACCCGCAGGGGCUGUUGUAGCCUGUCCUAUAGGGUCCCUGUGAGCCGGCAUCCACUCGAUGGUGGGGAGAGAUUUGGCUUUGCAGGGGUCAUCUCAUUUCACGCUCACGCACUGCCCUGCGCCAUGGGACUGAAGGUCCCCACUUCAGAAGGGAGGUGCGGCGAUGGUGGCCAGAGAGGAGCGAGAACGUGCCUUAGGGCACAUAGCACAAAAGGAGCAGAGUCAGGAUUUGAACCGUGGUCUCUGGCUCCGGAUCCUCCCUUUGGCCAUCACCCCAAACUCCCUCGGGACGGGACGCACAUCUACAUGCUUACUCCCACGGGCUCUUUAAAACACGGUGUCUUAAGGGCCCCCCCAACCCCACUUUGGCUCCUCUCUUAUAGAACAGCCCUAGAGCCCCAGAACCUCCCCAUCUCUGAGACCAGCACCCUGCCAUCUGGGAGAGCCCGGCUCACUCCAGCCUCUCCUCCAAGGGCCCCCAUUACCCCAGGCCCUGCUUGACCCAGGCCAGCGUUGGGGUGCGGGGGGUCAGGCUGCCUGGCUGAGGGGGUUCCUGGGACUGGGAUGUUUACAGGGUCUCUGGGGAGCCCCUCAGACUCGCCCCACGUGUGAGCACACGCCUAGCACACACACAACACCCCGGCCUCCAAAUGUCGGCUCUGAAUUUCUUCGUUGGGGGGGACCAAGAACUAUACGCUUCAGAAAAGACAAGAAAAGGGAAAAGCAAAGAGGACGUUUUCCUAAGGAAUCUCCAGAAUAUGGUGUAUUUUUACGUGGAGAAGAAGAGCUGUGGAGGCAGCUGUUCCUUUAAGAGAAAAGCGCAUCCGAGGCCUUGAGGGACGAGGGACGGCACCCCGCUUCUCAGUCAGUGUGGCAUCACUUGUUCGUGGCUGUAAUUUCCUUUUUUUGUCAAGCAUGUUAGACAAUAAAGUCUUUAUAAAAAGAGCGA